AUGGAGGGUAAAAGUUCAGGACCUUCGUGCUCCGUCAAUCUGGUCGCACACCCUCGAGCCAAAAGCAAAGUGUGGAAAUACUUUGGCUUUGACACGGAUGCAGACGGCUGCAUUCUGCACUGGAAACGGAUUUACUGUCGAGUUUGUAUGAGUCAGAUUGCUUACUCUGGAAACACAUCCAAUCUGUCGUACCACCUGGAAAAGAACCACCCCGUCGAGUUCAGUGAGUUUGUGAAGAGCAACGCUGAUCCGAUGCGUGGGGCGUUCGCCUCGGCGUUCUCCAGAAUAAAGACUGAACCUUUAGUUGUACACGUCCAGCAACAGCCGCAGGACUUAAACUUCAGGCAGAGCUUACACUACGAAAACAGACGACACAAUGAACUGACCAAUGCUGUUGUUAACUUCAUCUGCGAGGGAUUGUACCCUGCAUCUGUUGUAGAGGAGCGUACCUUCAAGACCUUAAUGAGUACCAUCGAUCCCGGGUAUUCUCCUCCAAGCAAAACCGACCUGGCAGCUAAGAUGCUUCCUCAGAUGUACAAACGUACCCAGCAUGUGGUCUUUGGUGAGCUUGCCGGGGUUGUGAACUGUGGCGUGACUACAGAUCUUUGGCAAAGUCAAACCCAGAACCGAACUUACAUUUCUCUCUCUUUGCAUUCAGUCAACUUCAACAGUACAACUGGAUUCUCAAUGACGGACAGGUGCCUGAAAACGUUUGAGGUACAAGAGGACAACACAGCCGAGAACAUCACCAGAGGGAUGUAUGAAGCCUUUGUCGAAUGGGGGAUAACCCAUAAAGUCGUCGGUGCCACCACGAAUGGGUCAUUGGACAUCGUCAAAGCGUGCUCGCUCCUGGAACUAUCUGUGGAAAUGCCGUGUCUCGGACAUACCGUCAAUCGAGCGAUGGAUGAAGCCUUCCAGCUGCCGCAAGUAGACAGCUUUCUGGGAUGUUGCCGCAAACUUGUCGAUCACUUCCGGGAACCGGCGAUGUAUCUGCUGAGGGACAAACAAAGGCUGUAUGGCCUCGCUCAGUGUGCACUCAUCACGGACAGGGGGAGGUCUUGGUUGACCACAUUGGCCAUGUUGCAAAGGCUGAAAGAGCAACAGGUUGCUGUUACUGCGACACUUGUGGAGAGCUCCAGCAGCCAUCAUUCCAGCUUUGAUAGUCGCCACUGGUCCUUGUUGGAGGGCUUGAUCGGAGUCCUCCAGCCUUUCAAAGUUGUCGCAGACAUGAUGAGUUCGUGCAGGUACCCGACCAUCAGCAUGGUCCGUCCAGUGCUUCACAUGCUGCUGAACACUACCCUCAAGGUGAAGGAAGGGGACCUCAAAGAGAUCAGCAUGACCAAAGAGGUCAUCUCAAAGGUUCUAUCAGGCACCUAUUCCCAGAAUUCACAGCUCUCCCAAGAGAUCUCAACAUUCCUUAAUGUCGCUACCUUCCUGGAUCCACGGUACAAAAAGUUGCCCUUCCUGUCGGCUCAGGAUCGCACUAAGGUUGAGAACAACAUCAUUGAAGAGGCUAAAGCUGUCCUUGAGAAGCAGAUUGCAGAGCGACCAUGCUUGGAUGAGUUCUCCUUGGUAUCCGACGAGCCACCAACCAAAAAACCAACGAGAGAGGCUUCAUCCAGUAGCGUUUCCCAGGACAACCCUUUGGCGGCCAUAUUCUGCCAGUCCGAUUCAGACCAGAGCCAUGAGGAGCUGCAUGCACAGGUCAUAGAGGAGCUGAGCAACUACAAAUCCCAAAGAGUCCUUGGUCUGAAUGAGGAUCCCUUACUGUGGUGGUCCAGUCACGCGCCUUUGUUCCCAACGCUCCCAAAGGUGCUCCAGAAGUACUGGUGUGUUCCCCCCAUGAGCGUCCCCUGUCACAGGCUGUUCAGCUCCUCGGGAGCAGUCCUGUGUGGGAAAAGGAACCAGUUAUCUCCAGCUCUGGUAGAUCAGCAGGUCUUCUUAUACGAGAACUCAAGGAACUACUAUGAGCCUGAACCCUGUGAGGACGAUUCAGACGGAGUAUCGCAGGGAAACUCAAGUCUGGGUCAGCCUCUGGAAUGACUAUGUGCUUAAAACUUUAAAAGUGACUCACUUAAAUAAGUAAUCACUUUAACAGGCGUUAGGAUGAAAAUGUAAUGGAUCAGUAAUAUCUCACUUUAUUGGACUGUUUGCUUAUUUUCUCUAGAUGCUUUAUUUUGAAAUAAUUGUAGAAGAUGGACGCUGAUCUUACAUCUAUGCAUUAAAAAAAUGCUUCUUCUUAGCCUUAAGGUCGGGUUCAGGUAAGAAACAUAACAGCCAUAAUAUCUUUAUAACAGACUAAACUCUACAAUCAAAUGUUCUUAAAAUAAAUUCACGUUUGACUGUUUUUCCUUCUAAGGCCUCUCUGUAUGUUUUGUCUUCAGUAUUUCCAUCCUCUUUAAUUCAGUGUUUUUUUUUUCUUCAAUACAUUUUGUGCUGUGCAAGAAGGAUAAAACUAAACAAUGUUUUCCAGGUAACCCCCGAAGUUUGGAUUUUUAUUACAACAGUAGUGAACUUUUUAUGAAAACAGAUGCUGUUCAUUGUUUUUCCAUAAUUUAAAAAGUUGAUUUAGCUCUUUAAAUGGAUAAAAUGUGUUAACCUGGGUCCUUUUCUUUGUUUAUUUCUUCAUUCUGCAGCAGGUUAAACAGGUUGUAAUGUCUGCAACAUAAUCCUUGAUGGAUCAGCGUGUGUCCGAAACGUUGUUUUUGGCCCUGUGGUUUAACCUUGUAGGACACGGGAGUUGUUGAUCUACCGCUGCCUAAACUGUUAGUUUAUGGUGUUGUGAGACUUUGGUGUUUUAUAAGCCUACACCUGUAACUGGUGCAAGAUAACAAAACUAAAAAACAACCCGUUUAGGCAGCGGUAGAUCAACAACUCCCAUGUUCUGUCAGUCUGAGUGUGUUCAGACAUUAAAGAAAGGAUCCCUGCAGAGAGACGUAUUUAAGUUAAACCACAAACAGCUGGGACAUCACUUUCUACAAACACAACACACUACAUUCAGAAAAACUCUGAUUUUACCUCACAGGACUCAGGAGUUAUUGCUCUACCUCUGCUUUCAUUGGUUCAUUUUUAAGGCCCGAGCACACAAGGUUGCGAGUACCCUAAAGGAAGGAUUAUUAUUGCGAUAUUUUGUUCCUCAGACAUUUCGCGUUGAAUCCAAACGUAUCAUUCAGUAAACAAGGCAGAGGUAGAACAGCAGCUCCCAUGUCCUGCAGCUCUGGUGGCUUCACAGUGAGCGACCUGACGGAUCUUUCUGGAACGUAAAACUUGAAAUAAAAAAAAAAGAGUUGCACAGUGUUCUCACCCCGUCCCGUCUCUCCUCCC